AUGUCCGACAAACACUACUUCCCCUCAACAAGCGCCAAUUCUUUGGUCCCAAGAGCGCUGCGAGCUCUUGUCUCCGCAAACGAUCACUUGAGUUUGAACUACACAGAGAGAGUAGUUUCCAAUGCGUUUCAUGAUGACUCAAAGGUGAGCAUUAUCAGCGGAGGCGGCUCAGGACACGAACCGGCGUGGAGUGGCUAUGUUGGUGAUGGCCUGCUAUCAGCUGUUGCGUGCGGUGAUAUCUUUGCGUCACCAAGCGCAAAGCAAAUCCUGGCUGCGAUUCGGACGGCCCCAUCGAAGAAAGGGACUAUACUACUCAUAACCAAUUACACUGGAGAUCGUCUUCACUUCGGCCUUGCGGCCGAGAGAGCUAAGGCUGAAGGUCUGGUUGAAAAUAUUGCCAUUCUACAUGCUACAGAUGAUGUCUCCAUUGGAAGAAGUAAAAAUAGCCACAUGGCAAUGAAGAUCAUCGGGGCAGCUGCCUCGGAGGGUUACUCUUUCAAACAGUGUCUUGCACUGGGACAAGCAAUAAAUGGGCAGACGGUUACGAUCGCCUCGGCUCUUGACCAUUGCCAUGUUCCAGGCAGACACCAACAAUCAUCCGUCCCAGACAAUGUGGUUGUCGUCGGCGCCGGUAUACAUAAUGAGCCCGGCCAACUUCAUCUUUCCCCCGCCCCCCCUGUCGAGCAACUUAUUGAGCAGUGUCUCAAAUUCCUUUGCGAUGAUUCCGAUACAGAGCGAGCAUUUGUCAAGUUUGAGCCACGCGAUGAAAUUGGUUUACUGGUCAACAACUAUGGUGGCCUCUCUGUCCUCGAGUUAUCUGCUCUGACCGAUGAGAUCCAAUGUCAGUUAAGCUCACGAUGGAACAUCAGGCCUUGCAAAACAUUAUUUGGUUCAUUUGAAACGUCUCUCAACGCGCCAGGCUUUUCGAUUUCUCUCUGCAACCUUACCGCCGCAGCUCGGCAAUCGAAUCAAUCUGUCGCGACCUUGAUACGGCACUUUGAUUGUCCCACCACUGCUGUCUCUUGGCCAAACACCUCCCGUCCCUCUCCUUCUCAACAGAAGACCACCUUCGAUGAUCUCGAUGCCGAGGUAAACAGCCAAAUUACCGCUUCCCCUCGCAUCAAAUUUGACCCUUUACUAUUGGAGAAAGCCUUAAGGACCUCGUGCGAAAGAGCCAUUGCAGCAGAGCCAAGGCUGACCCAGUGGGACAUGGUCAUGGGCGAUGGAGACUGUGGCGAGGCAGUCCAAGGCUUGGCCGAAUCAGUCCUGCAAAGUGUCGAUAAAGGCUGCACAGCCUCAGGCGAUCUGCUAGAGGUAAUUCGGUCUGUGUUGCAGAAUGUCGACGACAUGGGUGGAACCCUCGGUGCAAUUUUUGGAGUUCUUCUUUCCGCUCUUUAUACAGCCCUGAGAAAGAAUUCGCUCGAGGGAAUCUGCCCUAAUACGCCAAACUUCUAUUCAACUGCUCUGGCGUCCGCGACGACAACCCUGAAGUCGCACACGGGAGCAAGGGAAGGAGACCGUACUGUUAUGGACGUUUUACUCCCUUUCAGCGAGGAGUUUUCGAAAACAAAUGAUUUUCUGUCAGCAGUGGAUGUGGCUGCUAAAAAGGCGGAGGAAACAAGACAUCUCAAGGCCAAGUUCGGCCGAGCAACGUAUGUCGGGGAUGCCUCAAGUCAGCAACUCCCAGACCCCGGGGCUUGGGCUUUGUAUGAGAUAGUUGCGGGCUUGGCGGAUGGACUUGGGCUUUAG